CGUAGUCUAGUAAAAGUCUCCACAAGAACAGUUUAAACUAACAUCUAAUUGUUUUUCUCGACUGAAUUUUAGUUCGUGGCGUGGGAUAUUUUACUUUUUUUUGUUGUUUCGUUGUCUUGAAGCAUUUUCAGGCGAAACCGGUUUCGCUCUCUUUUGAGCGCAGGCGCGUAGGCAAAACGGAACGUGGAAGUGAAAACAUAAACAAAACAGAGCAAAAUAUUUGCACAGCAAGAACAACAACAACAAAAGCACAACAGUAAUCCAAUUGAAGCAGCGAAGAGAAACAUUGCAAGAGAUGAGCGCACGUUCGCCGCACAACGAUCCAGCUUUGGCUGGACUGCCGCAGUUAAUUGAGGAUUUGCAGCGCCUGAGCGAGGACCAGGACAGCGCGGAUGUUGUCUUCAUUUGCGGUCGGGAUGACGAAAAGAUUUACGCACACAGAAGCAUACUCAUGGCACGCUGCAAAAGCUUUAAGACCGCAAAGCGUGGCGAAGUCUGCCGCAUUCCCAUUCCGGGCUGCACAGUGUCGCCUGCUGCACCAGGCACUGGGACGCCGACGGCAAUACGUUUGCCGCAUAUUAAUGCCGAAUUGUUUCGACAGUUCAUAUUGUAUGUUUACACUGCAAAGCUAAUGCUGCAAGAUUAUCGCGUUUUUGAAAUGUUAACUUUAGCCCAGGAUAUGGGUGUUUUUGAACUGCGCGCUGCUUGCGAGGACCACGUGAUUUCCACACUGUCUGUCGAUAAUGCAUGCACUUUUUUAACUGCCGUUAUGGAUAUCCAUGAGAAAGCAGGUGCCAAAUGCGCGGCAUCGUUUAUGGAACGCUGCAUCAUUUACAUAGGAGAAAAUGCCGGCGAAUGCGUUAAAACAAAUUCCUUUCUUACUCUCACCAAGGAGGCGCUUAUAAAAAUCAUAUCAUCUGACUAUUUCUGUUUGGAGGAGGCGGAAGUGUGGAGGUGUGUCCUAGCCUGGGCCAAGUACCAGGCGGGCGUCACCCAACCCACCGCCCAUUGGACCGAGGAGGAGCGAGCACGAGUGUGUCAGCACCUAAGUGGCGUAAUGGGCCAUGUGCGCCUGCUGCUCAUCGAUAGUCAGGUGUUUGCCGAAGAAGUUGAACCCACAGGUGCGGUACCCAUGCAGCUGUCUCUAGAGCGCUAUCGCUAUGCUGCCCUCCAUCCCAAUAUGCACUGUAUCGACAAUGAUAAGCGUUUGCAGCCACGGCUUGCCGUAAACAUGUUUCCUGGUUCGCAAAUCUUGCGUAACGAUAAGCUCGCACUGCAGGCCGUGCUCAAUGGCUGGUAUGGUGUGCCGAAGCAAAGCUGGCGUUUAGUUUUUCGCGCCUCCACACAUGGAUUUGGCUCCAACUCAUUUCAUCGCUAUUGUGAUGGUGUCGCAAAUUGCAUGGUGAUUGGACUUGGCGCACAUGGCGAGGUUAGUGGUGGCUAUACGGACGUUGCCUGGGCUAAGACAAGCCGCAAGGGUGGCUAUUUGCAUUCGGAGCGUGCUUUUUUGUUUAUGCUCAAUCCACCAAAUGGAGAGCAGCCGGUCAAGUUUGAUAUUGUAAAGAAACCAUAUGCCAUCUGCUAUCAUCCAGACUGUGGUCCCACUUUUGGCGCUGGUGCUGAUCUGCUCAUAUCGAGCAACUGCAACGUAAACACUGACUCUUACUCCAAUCUGCCACACUCCUACGAUGGACCCAGUGCCGCCCAUGUGACACUUUUUGGCGACUACAACUUUACGAUCAGCGAUUAUGAGGUCUACACGCUGGCCUCCACCCACGGUCACAAUCAGAGCCACAGUCAGAGCCAAAGUCAAAGCCAAAGCCAAAGCAUGGCGAGCAAUGGCCAAGCGCCGGGUGUGCCCAGCAAAGCGAAAUAUGAUCGCUACUAACUUAAGCAAUUAGACACAAAAAAUAUUUUGUAGUUGUCCAGCGCACAGCGAGCAAAAGUCGCAGCUGGCAAUAAAGAUUCUGAUUCAGUUCGUA